AUGGCUCCAUUCUUCCUCUCCUUGACCCUUCACCUCUUUCUCCUCUCCACAAAAUCAUCAUCUCAAUCCACUAAUCUUGACCCAAACCAACUCAAAGCUCUCAGAUCACUAAAUGUACCAACAGGAAAAGACCCUUGUUCUCCCCUUCACAAUUCCACCAUUUGUGACUCUUCAACUCCCUUUCACCAUCUCAUCUCCCUCAAACUCAUAAACUGUUCAAAUGAUGUUACAUUAUCCCAAACAUCUCUCAAAACUCUCUCCACUCUCCAAGACUUACAAUUCAUCAACUGCCCUGUUUCUCCUAUUCAUUUCCCUUCUGAACUUUCCUCCAAUCUCCAAUCCUUCACUUGCAUCAACUCCCUCAAGAAACUCACUAGCCUUUGGCUAAUUCAAUUACGCAAUGUGACAAGUUUAACGGUGUCACAUGUUCCUGUUUCUGCUAGUGGCCCUUCUAUAAUCUUGAACAGUAUCAAGAACUUGCAGAGUGUCACAAUAUCUCAUGCAAAUAUCAAAGGGGUUCUUCCUACAAAAUGGCAUAUGAAUCUUACUUAUGUUGAUUUAUCUGGGAAUCAACUAAAAGGGAAAAUACCAAGUUCUUUAACUGAACUUGAAAAUCUUUUGCAUUUGAAUCUUUCUUCAAAUUCACUCAAUGGGACUAUACCAAAUUCAUUUGGUAACUUACUUUCUUUAAAAAAUGUGUCAUUAGCUUCAAAUGCUCUGUCUGGAAGUAUUCCGAAAUCGAUUGCUGCAAUUCCUGAAUUAGUCCAUCUUGAUCUUGGAUCAAACCAAUUGAAUGGAACUAUUCCAAAGUUCAUAUCAGAUAUGAAAGGAUUGCAAUACUUGAAUCUUGAAAGAAACAAUUUCGAAGGGGUUUUGCCAUUCAAUGCUUCUUUCAUCAAGAAACUAGUUGUGUUCAAAGUGGGAGAAAAUUCAAAUCUUUGCUACAAUCAUUCCACAUUGUCUUCAAAACUGAAACUUGGCAUUGCCCCUUGUGAUAAACAUGGAUUGCCACUGUCUCCGCCGCCUCCUAAGGAAGAUUUCAGUGAUGAUACUGCCAAGGAUGAUAGUCCACCACCUAAACAUGAACAUGGGCCAAGCAGGGUUGUUUUUGGUGUGGCUGUUGGGCUUUCAUCCAUUGUGUUUUUGAUUAUUUUAUUGGUUCUAUUGUCCAAAUGCUGUAAAUGAUGAUGAGGGUAAAUUGUGACAAAUUCUUGGUCCAGUUAGAAAUUUGAGUUUUGAAAGUAUGAAUCAUUUACGCUAUUGAAAGUAUG